AUGACCACCUCCCACGCGUAUAUACCCAUCCCGAUCCCUCCGCAGACGCAAGGACGAAACAGCACGACCUUCACCGCGCCGCCGCUCGAUGGGUCCAUUGGCCUCCCGCAGGUAUUCGAGUACGCGGCGAAGCACUCGCCGGGCCAUCCUGCGUUCGUGUACGAGAAAUCGAACUCAGAUCAUGAUCAUUCAACCGCAGAACGGGAGCUCGUGACUGUUUGCUGGGCGGAGGUGGCGAGCGCGAUCGGGCGGGGUGCCGCCGUCUUGAGACGGAGGUUCGGGUCUGAGAUGCAGGAUUUUGGGAGCGGGAAGACGGAGGUGGUCGGGAUUCUUUCUAGUUCUGACGCGAUACCGUACGCGACGACCAUAUUCAGCAUCGUGCGCGCCAACCACGCCGCCUUCCCCAUCUCGCCGCGCAACUCGCCCGCCGCGGUCGCGCACCUGCUCGCCAAGUCCAAGACGCGGCACAUGCUCGUCAGCCAGGAACCCGCCAUGCGGGAGCUCGCAAAGGCCGCUUUGGAAGUUCUGCAAACGACAUACGAGGAGUACAAGCACGGAACGGUGCCGCUACCGGUGUGCUCGGAUAUGCUGCAGCACGCAGAGCUCUACCUGGUGACUGCAGCGCACGAAGAGGAGCUGCUGCUGCUUCCAGACUGGGAGUACAGAGGCCCGGAGGACGUCGCUGUUUAUUUCCACUCCUCGGGAUCGACCGCGUUUCCCAAGGCCAUCCCGUUCAGCCAGAGGCGGAUGAUCCAGCUGGGCACGAUGCCGUAUUAUGGAGAGCUCGAUUUCUGCGGUAAGGUCGCAUCGGUCCAUGCGACGCCGAUGUUUCACGGGAUGGGCACGUUUCAGUUUGUGUGGGCGGCGACGUGUGGCCAGACGCUUGCAGUUUUCGAGCCAAAGUGGCCCCCGCCUGUGCCGACGCUCGACGGGCUCGUCGCAGCGGCUAAGACGACAAAGAGCAAUCUCCUCUGGACGGUUCCUUCUUUCGUCGAGGCAUGGUACCAGAACCCCGAGCAGGUCAACUGGCUCAUCUCCCUUGACGCUAUUGUAUACGGUGGAGGUCCGUUGAACAAGCAGAUUGGCGACUCGCUCGCCUCGCAGGGCGCUCGCCUCUACCCAGCGUACGGAAGCACAGAAGGCGGCGUCUUCAGCCAGGUCUUGCACGCGCAGGAAGACACCUUCCCGGAUUGGGACUAUUUCCGUAUCCCGGACGUGGUCGAGACCGCAAUGGUAACGUACGACGCAGAGGCGGGAGUGUACGAGCUCGUCAUCAUCUCUUGUCCAGCGAAUACGAUAACCCUGUCUAACACCAAAGUAGACGGCCGGGAUGCGUAUGCGACGUCGGAUCUGCUCAUCCCGCACCCGACCAAGGCAGGGUUUUGGAAGGUGUUUGGUAGGGCGGACGACCAGAUUAUGCACAGCACGGGAGAGAAGACCAAUCCCGGACCGCUCGAACACAUCCUGAACCAAGAUCUGAAAGUAAUGUCCUGCGUCAUUUUCGGCCGGGGACGGUUCCACGCGGGCGUCAUUGUCGAUCCCAAGCCACCGUUCAGGUUCGAUCCCGCGGAUGAGGAGAAGCUGGCGCAGUUCAGAAACGAGAUAUGGCCAACGGUGGAGAAGAUGAACGGGUUCGCGCCGCAACAUUCACGCGUGUUCAAGGAGAUGAUCCUCGUCACACACCCGCAAGUGCCCUUUGAGUAUACUGUCAAGAAUACGCCACGGCGGCACGCCGCUGUGCUUGCGUAUGCGGCACAUAUUGAUGCUGCCUAUGCAGCAUUGGAAGAGAGCGAGAGUGUUGUCACUAAGCGCGGGCUGUUGCCCCCUGAGGCGUGGGACCGGGCGUCGAUACAGGACUUCGUGCGGAGGCUCGUAUGGGAGGUGCUCGGAAAGGAGCUGGACGACGAAAAGGACGUGUUCCGAUUUGGAUGCGAUAGUUUACAAGCCACAUGGAUCAAGAACUCAGUUCUCCGUGCGCUGCGCACGAUCGGCACACUGGACACUCGUGCCUUGGGCCCGAGCUUCGUCUUUGAGCAUCCGACCGUUUCUUCCCUCUCCUCAUUGGUCCAUCAGUUUGUGAGCGACGGUGGCACCUAUGUGAGCGGGGCAAUGUCGGUGAAAUCCCGCGCCAAUGCGAUGCGCAAGAUGGUGGCAGAGCUCACAAAGGAUUUCCCUGCGCGAAGUGCCUCGUCGGUUUCUUCCCUAGCUCAGCCAAAUGGGAUUGUCGUUCUCCUUACGGGCACCACAGGCGCCCUCGGGUGCCACACCCUUGCACGUCUCCUGGAAGAUGACCGCGUUACGCGCGUGUACGCACUCAACAGGACACGGGACGGCCGUGUCAAGAGCCUGGCGCAGAGGCAGGCUGAAGCGCUUGAGGAGAAGGGGCUUGAUGUGGGGAUGUCGAGUAACGGCGGGAAAUUCGUACUUCUGGAGGGGGACUUGGCAAGUCCGUGUUUUGGGCUGGCGUAUGCGGUUUUUGCAGAAUCGAUGAUCCUCGUAGCUUGGCGCGUAGACUUCAACGUCGCAUUACAGACGUACACUCCCGAGAUACAGGACGCAGAUACCGUCGGCACUGGCACCUCCAGCGGCGCCGAACGUCCCGUGGACGCCGAGGUAGCCGUCUCGUCCGGCUAUGCCGAGUCCAAGUGGGUCUCUGAGCGGAUCCUACUCGAGGCAUCUGCUAGGUCGGAGCUGAAAGCGCGACCGCCGCAGAUCGUGCGUGUGGGGCAGCUCUGUGGGGACAGGAAGAGUGGUGCGUGGAAUGUGAAGGAGUGGUUCCCCGCGAUGGUGCAGGCUUCGAAGGCGGUGGGGUGUAUACCUGAUGGAGAGGACAGUAUAUCAUGGAUCCCGCUCGACCUCGCCGCAUCUGGCCUGGUCGAUCUGAGCCUCCCUGACGCGCUCCGAGCGCAGAACACAGACCAGGGCAUAGUGCAUCUGGUGCAUCCCCGGCCUGCGCCUUGGCGGAAUAUUGUAAAAGCCGUCGCAGCAGAGCUUGGAGGUAUCGAACUUGUCACGUACUCCGUCUGGCUAGAGCGAGUUGAGGAGGAGACGAGCAAGAAAGGCUCAGGCUGCACACUCCGCGCGGUUCCAUUGAUGUCGUUCUUCAAGCAGGUUGGCGAAUACGAGGCUAUGAGACUGAAGGAAGACAACAGAGCUGGAAAGAAAGAUAAGCAAGCGCUCGGCCUGGGGAUGGGCACCAUCGAGUGUAAGGUUGCGGUGGAGCAUUCCGAGAGUCUGAGCCAGGUGAGCGACGCACUUGGAGAGGAGGAUGUCAAGCGAUGGUUAGGGUAUUGGAAGAGAGUUGGGAUAAUCUAG